AAGCAAGUAGCCGAGAGACAAUAGAAUCAAAGUUCCUUUUAUGCACAAUGUCAAUAACUUUUAUUUUCAUGUUUGGAAUGUCAAAGUUGGUAACAUACUAACAUUGACCAGAUUCUCUAUAAAUAGGAGAUAUCCAGUUCCCUCCAUGCAAAAUAAGCUCUCCUUACCAUCCUGAGUUCUGACUGCUUUAUCCAUUCUGUCCUACAUGGCACUCUCUCUUUUGUAUCUUGUUCUCCUUGCCACCUUCCUUUUCAUGCAGACUCUAGCAGAUACUUCAUGCACCGAUUGUUUUGUUCAAUCUCGUGCAUCAUAUUACCCAAAUUCUGACGAAAAUGGCACAGAUGCUGGUGCAUGUGGAUUCGGUUCCUUUGGUGCUACCAUUAAUGGUGGGGAUGUAUCGGCUGCAUCUAAUCUUUAUCGAGAUGGAGUUGGCUGUGGCGCUUGUUACCAGGUGAGGUGUGCCAACAGCGUUUAUUGCUCAAGCAACGGUGUCACUAUAGUUUUAACUGACCAAGGCUCAGGUGAUAACACUGACUUCAUUCUUAGCCAACGAGCCUUUGGUGGGAUGGCUCAGACCAAGGAUGCAGCUGCUUCUCUAUUAGCUCUUGGUGUAGUCAAUAUUGAAUACAGACGUGUUUCAUGUAGCUACCCAAAUAAAAACAUUACUAUUAAGAUUGAUGAAAGCAGCAGCAACCCUCAUUACUUGGCUUUUGUCCUAUGGUAUCAGCAAGGAAAGAGAGACAUAACUGCUGUGCAGCUCUGCGAGACUCAGAACUUUGUCUGCAAGUUACUGGAUCGGGAUCACGGUGCAGUCUGGACAACUACCUCUCCACCGAGUGGACCUUUGUCUUUAAGGAUGUUGUUUAGUACUGAAGAUGGAGAAGAUACAUGGGUUGUUCCGGUUAACAACAUACCAGAAGACUGGAAGGCUGGAGACACAUAUGACGCAGGGGUACAAGUAGACCAGUAGAGAAGCAGUAAAAGAAAUUGUUUAUUCAUGUUAUUAUCCUGUUAUGAAAGAAAGAAAUAAGUCAAAUUGUUUAUUCAUGUUAUUAUCCUGUUAUGAAAGAAAGAAAUAAGUUGAAAUAUCAAGUACUCUUUUCGAUUUCAA